AUAAUGAAGAUAAUUCAAAUGAUGGGACCCAGCCAUCCAAAAGGAGGCGAAUGGGCUCAGGAGAUAGUUCUAGGAGUUGUGAAACUUCAAGUCAAGAUCUUGGCUUUAGUUACUAUCCAGCAGAAAAUUUGAUAGAGUACAAAUGGCCACCGGAUGAAACAGGAGAAUACUAUAUGCUUCAAGAACAAGUCAGUGAAUAUUUGGGUGUGACCUCCUUUAAAAGGAAAUAUCCAGAUUUAGAGCGACGAGAUUUGUCUCACAAGGAGAAACUCUACCUGAGAGAACUAAAUGUCAUUACUGAAACUCAGUGCACUCUAGGUUUAACAGCAUUGCGCAGUGAUGAAGUGAUUGAUUUAAUGAUAAAAGAAUAUCCAGCCAAACAUGCUGAGUAUUCUGUUAUUCUACAAGAAAAAGAACGUCAACGAAUUACAGACCAUUAUAAAGAGUAUUCUCAAAUGCAACAACAGAAUACUCAGAAAGUUGAAGCCAGUAAAGUGCCUGAGUAUAUUAAGAAAGCUGCCAAAAAGGCAGCUGAAUUUAAUAGCAACUUAAACCGGGAACGCAUGGAAGAAAGAAGAGCUUAUUUUGACUUGCAGACACAUGUUAUCCAGGUGCCUCAAGGGAAGUACAAAGUUUUGCCAACAGAGCGAACAAAGGUCAGUUCUUACCCAGUGGCUCUCAUCCCCGGACAGUUCCAGGAAUAUUAUAAAAGGUACUCACCAGAUGAGCUGCGAUAUCUGCCAUUAAACACAGCCCUAUAUGAGCCUCCUCUGGAUCCUGAGCUCCCUGCUCUAGACAGUGACGGUGAUUCAGAUGAUGGCGAAGAUGGUCGAGGUGAUGAGAAACGGAAAAAUAAAGGCACUUCGGACAGCUCCUCUGGCAAUGUAUCUGAAGGAGAAAGCCCUCCUGACAGCCAGGAGGACUCUUUCCAGGGAAGACAGAAAUCAAAAGACAAAGCUGCCACUCCAAGAAAAGAUGGUCCCAAACGUUCUGUACUGUCCAAGUCAGUUCCUGGGUACAAGCCAAAGGCCAUUCCAAAUGCUAUAUGUGGAAUUUGUCUGAAGGGUAAGGAGUCCAACAAGAAAGGAAAGGCUGAAUCACUUAUACACUGCUCCCAAUGUGAGAAUAGUGGCCAUCCUUCUUGCCUGGAUAUGACAGUGGAGCUUGUUUCUAUGAUUAAGACCUACCCAUGGCAGUGUAUGGAAUGUAAAACAUGCAUUAUAUGUGGACAACCCCACCAUGAAGAAGAAAUGAUGUUCUGUGAUGUGUGUGACAGAGGUUAUCAUACUUUUUGUGUGGGCCUUGGUGCUAUUCCAUCAGGUCGCUGGAUUUGUGACUGUUGUCAGCGGGCCCCCCCAACACCCAGGAAAGUGGGCAGAAGGGGGAAAAACAGCAAAGAGGGAUAAAAUAGUUUUUGACUCUAAUACUGUGUAUGCAUUUAAGUGGAACAUUUGGUGCCAAUUUAUUUACAACAUUUUCAUUUUUAUGCCAAUAAAAGAUUUUUUUUUUGCAAAUUAUGAGCUUAAAA